AUGCGACUCCCCUACGUCCCCAACCCACCAGAAGACCUUACUCCUUCAGAAGAGGAGAUAGUCCAACGUGUUCUCGCUCGUCGCGGAGAUCGUGGCCUGAUCCCUUUGGACAGGGCUCUACUACACUCACCGCCUGUCGCCAAUGGAUGGAACAGUCUUCUCGGUGCAAUCCGGACCAAGACCUCCCUACCGGCAGAUCUACGCGAGAUCGCAAUAUGUCGAGUAGCUUUGCUCAACGAAGCGUGGUAUGAAUGGAUGCAUCAUGCACCGUUGCUACUAGAAGCAGAGGGCUUCACCGAGGAGAUGCUGAAGGUGGUUAGGAGGCUAGAUCAGAGUGAGGGGAGGGGGCAGCUGAGCGAGAAGCAGUGGGUUGUAUUGAGAUACGGAGAUGCGAUGACGACGAGUGUGAAGGUCGAGGAUGCAUUGUUCGAGGAGCUGAGCUCGGUGGCUGGAUUCACGAAGAAGGAGAUUGUGGAGUUGACGGCUACGGUAGCGACGUAUAAUUGUGUCAGUAGGUUCUUGGUUGCGUUGGAUGUAGGGGAGAUGAAUGGAAAGGCGCCUGAAUAG